UCGUCCCUCCUUUCUUUUUCCCUCCUAACCAUGUCCGCUAUAAAACCUCCCUCCCACUCCUCUCUCUCUCAUAUUCGUUUCUCUCUCUAAAUAACACAGUACCAGCUUCACUCUCUCUUCUUGACUGGCAAGUUGAAUCUUGUAUAGCGAAAAUGCAUAAUAAGGACGCUUGCUCUUCUUCGAAUGGCGGAGUCGGUACCAACAUUACUACUUCUGGUCAAGUGCAGUCGAGUGGCGCCAUUUAUGGUGCCAUCUACUCCUCUCUGUUUUCUGACAAGCCGUCCUUCUCAGCAACGGACAAUGGCGACCUCUCGGCUUACCCGUAUGAAGGAAACUCUCCCAUGAAGUAUAAUGACUCACCGAUUCAGAGUCACCUGUACGACUCCUGCGUCAUACAGAAUCAUCAAGAUAUGGUGAACCGCCAUAGCAUGUGCCUAAAUCGCCUUGCCGAAACCUCAAAGGAGGUCGAGGCUCUGCGGCAGGAGAACAGCCAACUUCGGGCUGUGAACAUGGAGCUGAACAGCCAAUUGAGCCUCCUCAUUCAGGUUUCGGUCCAGAAUCAAUUGGAUGGCUCCUCUGGUCUUACGGAAGCCUUUGACGUCAUAAAUGGGUUUCGUGGCUUACGUGUUGCGGACAAUUUCGGUGAUGGGAAGGAGAACUGUGAAAAUUGGACUAAGGAUCAAGAGGUUUCGAACGAGAGCCCAACAAGCGUGAUUGAGAACAAUGGCGAAGUGGAAAGGUUCUCGCUGCCCAAGAGCAUAUCCGUGAGGUCAAACGGGUACUUGAAGGUUGCUCAGGCUUCGACCGGCUCCAGCAAUGGAACUCGCACCAAGGGCGCUGCUCGGCCACGCCCAUCUUUGACCCCAACCGAUGUCGUUCAAAAGGUGUAUGUACGUGGAGGGAAGAAAGAGGAAGAGCCUCUGGAGAUGGUGGUGUAUAACCAAGGUAUGUUCAAGACGGAGCUGUGCAACAAAUGGCAGGAGACGGGGACAUGCCCCUAUAAGGAUCAGUGCCAAUUCGCUCACGGUAUUGGUGAGCUCCGCCCAGUCAUCCGCCAUCCACGCUACAAAACUGAGGUCUGCAGGAUGGUCCUUGCUGGCGUUGUAUGCCCAUACGGCCAUAGAUGCCAUUUCCGCCAUGCACUUACUGAACAAGAGAAAGCCAUAGCACAUGCACACCCUAAUAAGCCCCGGCCGAUGAGCCUGCACAGAUGAAAUAACGCCAGUUGAACUGCUGAUAACUAUGGUGAGAAAGUGUUAUAUCCACUAAAACAAAUGGUACAUAAUGAUAUUCUUGAUUGUGUAAUUACAUACAUGGACAGAAAUUAUAAGAUAAGAAUAAUUAGUUUCAUAUAUACUUUCAUUAUGUAGAGGAUGAAAAAUACAGGAGGCUCUUUCAGAACCUUGAGCAGGAUUUUGGAGAGGAUAUUCAUUGUAUCUCCAUCUUUCUUUUUAUUCCUCGAAGUAUGAAGUUUGAAUUGGACCCACUUACAAUUGGUGAUCCCAAGGCCAGGUGUGAGAAUUGAAUAUUUGGCUGGGAAAAAGAAGUGCUAAUUCAUUGUAAUGGUGUUGCUGUAUUCCUUUCAAAGUGAGCGAUUUAUAAUCGGAGUCAGUUAUCUUUUGAUCGGCCUUUACCCAAUCUUUCAUAGUUGUUUGAUGUUACAAACGCUUUUAGCUUUAUGAAUAAAUUCUUUUCGUUUGUCUUUUAUGAA